GUGGGAUCCGGAUGUCCGCUUCGCGGCAGACCGUCGAAUUCGGUCGGGGUCAGAGGCAUGGCUGAUGGGUGUCGUGAUGACAAUUGGUGAUGUGUCGAAGAAUCUGUGCGUUGGUGGCGAGCAGGACAGCUCGUGCGGGAUUGGUAUAAUGGGGUGGCAGGUGUGAGGUGUCGAUGUGAUCUGAAGGUGUUUUCGCUGGCGAAGGUGAAGUCUGGGCUCGCUUUGUUCGUUUGCGUGACGACGCCGCGUGCCAACGAAGACGCAUAUGGAGGGGCACGGACCACUUUUUCGUCCAGUUCACUUGUUUGGGCGUCUGGUCGUGAUUUAUCACCCCUCCCACUGCAGUCGUCGGAUUUUCAUUAUUUGCACUUCACUCACCUCAACUCUUACUACCGCCACAACCACUGCCUACCACCGACCUCCGCAUCCACCUACACUCACCACCUGCUUCCACAACCAUGGGCAACCAGGCCAACAGGAAGAAGCGCACUUCCGUCUUCAAUCAGCGCAAGAAGAGGAAGCGCAAGUCUGCCGUCGCCAGUGUGAAGAGCCACCAGCGGCCAUCACCACUGUUUCCCCCUCGUGUGGACAACAUCCUCCAGCUCCCGAAUAGCAUUAUUGUCGACAUUAUGGACGCCCUCACCAUCGACUGCGCCAUCAACACAAAGCCGCAUGCCAUUCUCCGAGUGUGUCGCGACCUCCGCACCAUCGGCUUCGAUCGCAUCGCCGCCCAAUCACUUUUCACUUGCACCUUGGAUCUCGCCUUGGUCCGCCCCCGCCAGUACGCUCUCCACGAGCGCUUUAGCGGACUACCAGAGCCGAUGAAGCAGGGGUUGCGCUUCCAGAACAUUGAACUUGUCCAUACCGACCUCGCCUCUGGUUACUCCCUCUCGCGCUACGCCAUGAUCUACUCUUGCACUGGCGCUCUGGGCAACCGUCAAAUCAACUGGCCGGAUCCCUCGAGUCUUGGAUCUGGUCUCUCGGUGGAGGAGACGACUGCGUUGGCGAUGCUUACGGCGGAGCGUAAGGCUAGUUGGCCUACCAGUAACCCUGCAGACGACUCCGCUCCUCUCCCCGUCCCCCAACACAACCCAAACGCUCUUACCAUCUCACACACCUUUCGCGAUUACGGUCCACUCGGCGAAGAUGUAAAGGGCAAACUUCACCAGCAACUUCUGGUCAACGUCGCGCAGGGUCUACAGGAUUUUGGGAUGAGGGAGGCCGGUGGGGCGCAGGGAAACAGUACGCAGUAUAUGGAAGCGGGAGUCUUCCAGUACCUGAAGCGUGGACAGAAUCUGCCGGAGGAGUAUCGGACGGCCUUCUGGUGGUUCCGAGAGAAGUUUCUGGGUGGGGAUAAAGGCAUGAUGCACGGUGACUCUUUGGAGGAGUACCAGAAGAAAGAGACGAAGAUCGGCAUCAAGCGCGACAGGCGCGUGAAGCUAGGAGGUGCCCUGCGCGAGGUCAGAGACUAG